AUGGCGGAGAAAAGAAAGAGUGAGUGUGUAGAAGAGCUGGAAAAUCAAACUACUGACGAAGAAUGGAUUGGUCCUUUACCUUCCGAAGCUGUGAAGCCAAAGAAAGUGAAAGUUUUAGAGUUUGAGAAUGUUUACUUAGAUAACCUUCCAUGUGCAGAGUCUUACGAAAAAAGUUACAUGCACCGUGAUGUGAUUACUCACGUCGUUUCCACUCCUACGGAUUUUAUCAUUACCGCUAGUUGCGACGGGCAUGUGAAGUUUUGGAAGAAAGAAGAACAAGGUAUCGAGUUUGUUAAACAUUUCAGAACUCACCUGGGUAAUGUACAGGACGUGACAGCCAACUUGACAGGUACAUUGUUUUGUUCAGUUUCAAAUGAUAAGUCUUUGAAAGUGUUUGAUGUGGUAAAUUUUGAUAUGAUUAACAUGAUGAAACUGUCCUUUGUCCCUGGGCGAUGUGAGUGGGUACACAAUGCAGGAGACCCCAUUGCAGCACUAGCUGUUUCUGAAAAAGAAUCUACGCGAAUCCACAUUUUUGAUGGCCGAGGUGAUAAUACUCCACUUCACACACUAGAAAGAAUCCAUACAGCUCCAUUAGUGUUAAUGAAGUAUAAUCCAGUUUUUGAAACAGUGGUUUCUGUUGACAGAAAUGGUGUGUUGGAAUAUUGGACAGGGCCAAAAUAUGAUUUCAAGUUUCCUAAAGUGGUUAAAUUCACAUCUAAAUUGGACACAGAUUUAUAUGAAUUAGCAAAAUGUAAAACCUGUCCAACAGGCUUGGCAUUUUCACCUAAUGGCCAACUAUUUGCAAUGUUAUCCAUGGACAGGAAGGUACGAAUUUUUAGGUUUCUCACAGGAAAGCUGAUUCGAGUCUUUGAUGAAACAUUACAGAUGCUAUCUGAAUUACAGCAGAUGCAACAACUGUUGCCAAAUAUGGAAUUUGGUCGAAGAAUGGCAUUGGAAAGAGAUUUGGAAAAAUCGGAUGCCUUUGGCCUCGCUAACAUUACGUUUGAUGAAAGUGGAUAUUUUCUUCUUUAUUCAACUUUGCUGGGCAUUAAAAUUCUUAAUGUUAAAACAAAUCGCUGUGUUAGGAUUUUGGGUAAAAAUGAAAGUAUUCGACCCUUGCAGUUAGCACUAUACCAGGGGAUACCUAACAAAUCUAAAGCUGUUGUUACACUUGAAAUGAAGGCUUCUGAAAAUCCAACAUUGGAAAAAGUUAUACCAGAUCCAACAAUUUUUUGUAGUGGGUUUAAAAAAAACAGGUUCUAUAUCUUCAGCCGAAGGGAGCCUGAAGAUACUAAAGGAGUAGAUGCAGAGAGGGACAUUUUCAAUGAAAAGCCUUCCAAGGAAGAUAUAAUUGCUGCUACAGAAGCAUCAGGACAGCAGCGUAUAUUUGAGACAUGCACUAUCCAUACUACAAUGGGUGACAUUCACUGUAAGCUUUUUGCAAAGGAGUGUCCUAAAACAAUAGAAAACUUUUGUAUUCACAGCAAAAAUGGCUACUACGACGGCCAUAUCUUUCAUCGAGUUAUUAAAGGCUUCAUGAUUCAGACCGGUGAUCCUACUGGAACUGGAUCAGGAGGUGAGAGUAUCUGGGGAGGAGAAUUUGAAGAUGAGUUUCAUCCAGCCCUUCGUCACGAUCGACCAUAUACUUUAAGUAUGGCUAAUGCAGGACCAAACACAAAUGGCUCUCAGUUCUUCAUCACAGUAAUCCCCACUCCAUGGCUUGACAAUAAACACACAGUGUUUGGUCGUGUGAUAAGGGGUAUGGAAGUUGCUCAAAAUAUUAGCAAAGUAAAAACUCAUCCUAAAACUGACAAGCCAUAUGAGGAUGUAAGGAUUAUAAAUGUGACAUUGAAGUAGUAAACAUUCAA